AGCACCGCCGUUUGAGACGCCCUACUCCCCUUUCUGCCCCUUCUCCUUGCCAAAACAGCUCCCACCCAAAACGCCCGCUUGAAAAUGGCGGGCCUAGGCGGCGCCGGCGGCUGGGGCGGCGGCUUAGACGACGACGACUGGGGCCUAAGCGAGGAGCAGUACGACAAGCUCGAGCAGGACGCCUACCGCGCGAUUGCGGAGCGCAAGGCCUCCUCUUCCGCCGCCUCCACCGCCCCCGCAAUCUCGCCGCUCCCCCACCGCGCCCUACCGCCGGCGGCCACGGUAUCUUCGCCGCUCAGGAACGAGCACCCCGCCUCCAGGGUCUCCCUAGAGUCUCGCUUCGGCAAGGUAGAAUCACUUUCACCUUCUCGGCUUAAUCAACCAAACACAGUGAAUGAUAGCCAGGGCAGUUGGCCUAAGAUAUCUAUACAUCUUUUCCUUCAUUCUAGUGGUGUGAUUGCAGCGAAGUUCCCCUAUCACCAGAAACUUGUGGAUGCAUUUCACAAGAUCCCGAAAGCUAGCUGGAAUGGAAAAGAAAGGGUAUGGAUGUUCCCUCCAACAUCUUUAUCAAUAGCGGAGGACGUUCUUCAUGCUGUACCUGGAUUAGUUGUUGAGGUUCAACAAUUGGACCCGUUAGUUCAGCGGGCUUUUGCUGCCGCUUUAGCUGCCAAAGAUCUUCGAGGUUUGUAUGGCAAGAUUCCAACAGAUGUUGAGUCGAAGCUUAUGCCCUUUCAGCGUGAAGGAGUCAAUUUCGCUUUACAACACGGGGGCAGAGUGCUGAUAGCAGAUGAAAUGGGUCUUGGAAAGACAUUGCAGGCAAUUGCUGUUGCUUCUUGCCUUCAUGAUGCCUGGCCAGUUCUUGUCAUCUCUCCAUCUUCAUUGCGAUUACAUUGGGCUUCUAUGAUUCAGCAGUGGCUUAACAUCCCUACAGAAGAUAUCUUGGUGGUAUUACCACAAACUGGAGGAUCAAAUAAGGCAGGAUUCAGAUUGGUAUAUUCAAACACGAAAGGAGAUUUUCACUUGGAUGGGGUGUUCAAUGUUAUAUCUUAUGAUGUAGUUCCCAAGAUACAAAGCACUCUUCUGGACUUGGAUUUUAAGAUAGUUAUAGCUGACGAGUCACACUUUCUGAAGAAUGGCCAAGCGAAGAGAACAAUCGCUUCACUUCCUGUUCUGCAGAAAGCUCAAUAUGUGGUUUUGCUAAGUGGAACGCCUGCCUUAUCUCGCCCGAUCGAGUUGUUUACUCAGCUCCAGGCCUUAUAUCCUAGUGUCUACAAGAAUGUAAAUGAUUAUGGCAAUAGAUACUGUAAAGGUGGAUAUUUUGGGUUAUAUCAAGGCGCUAGCAAUCAUGAGGAGCUGCAUAAUUUGAUGAAAGCAACCGUCAUGAUCCGCAGGUUGAAGAAAGAUGUUCUUUCGGAGUUGCCUGUUAAGCGUAGGCAACAGGUCUUUCUAGACUUAAGUGAGAAAGAGAUAAAGCAUAUCCGUGCUCUUUUUCGUGAGUUGGAGACUCUCAAGAUCAAAAUGCAGUCAUGUGACUCACAGGAGACGAUCGACUCUCUGAAAUUUAAUCAAAAGCAUAUUAUCAAUAAGAUCUAUAAUGAUUCGGCUGAAGCCAAAAUUCCAGCAGUGCUUGAUUACCUGGGCACUGUAAUUGAGGCUGACUGCAAAUUCUUAAUAUUUGCACACCAUCAACCCAUGAUUGAUGCUAUUCACCAACAUCUCUUGAAAAAGAAAGUCAAAUGUAUAAGAAUUGAUGGCCAAACACCAGUAGCUGUAAGGCAAAAUUUAGUCACAGAUUUCCAGAACAAGGAUGAUAUCAAGGCAGCAGUGUUAUCCAUCAAAGCUGGAGGUGUCGGGUUAACUUUGACAGCAGCAAGUACAGUUAUCUUUGCCGAGUUAUCAUGGACUCCAGGUGACAUUAUUCAAGCAGAAGACCGUGCCCACCGGAUUGGUCAGGUUUCUUCGGUGAACAUAUAUUACCUUCUUGCAAAUGAUACGGUGGAUGAUAUUAUAUGGGACGUUGUUCAAGGCAAACUUGAGAAUUUGGGGCAGAUGCUGGACGGGCAGGAGAAAACGCUGAGCGUCUCGCAGAGCGAAAUGAGACCAAGCCCCUCGAAGCAGAAGACUCUUGACACCUACCUCAAGCGGUGUAGCACUUCCACAGAAGUCCAGCCCAGCCCGAAGAGCCGCAGGUUUUGAUUGAGGGAUCAAUGACAUGUCACGGUGCGAGUAGGCACAUGUUUUUGGUGUUUUUUUCUCUGGAAUGGCUCUGUUGUGUAUCAAUCACCAUCGUAAACGAUGUGCCUUGUUGUAUUUUGGAGAGCAGUAGUAUGUGAGAGUAUCACGUAUCACCAUCUUAGUGCCUGUAGUAAUGGAUUAUGUGGAGAUGUGGACAUGGCAGAGUUUCUCUUGUAAUAUUAGAUGACGACGAGAAUAUUCAUGCUUCAUUCUUCUCUA